UAUUUCAGAGCCCUUGUGGACACCAUGCCAGUUGCUGCCACCAACUCAGAGUCUGCCAUGCAGCAAGUCCUGGACAACCUGGGAUCCCUCCCCAAUGCCACGGGGGCUGCGGAGCUGGACCUGAUCUUCCUUCGAGGCAUUAUGGAAAGUCCCAUAGUAAGAUCCCUGGCCAAGGCCCACGAACGGCUGGAGGAGACUAAGCUGGAGGCUGUACGAGACAACAACUUGGAGCUGGUGCAGGAGAUCCUGCGGGACCUGGCGCAGCUGGCCGAGCAGAGCAGCACAGCCGCUGAGCUGGCCCGCAUUCUCCAGGAGCCCCACUUCCAGUCCCUCUUGGAGACGCACGACUCUGUGGCUUCAAAGACCUAUGAGACACCACCUCCCAGCCCUGGCCUGGAUCCCACAUUCAGCAAUCAGCCCGUACCUCCCGACGCGGUGCGCAUGGUGGGCAUCCGCAAGACAGCUGGAGAGCACCUGGGUGUGACGUUCCGCGUGGAGGGCGGCGAGCUGGUAAUUGCGCGCAUUCUGCACGGGGGCAUGGUGGCUCAGCAAGGUCUGCUGCACGUGGGUGACAUCAUCAAGGAGGUGAACGGGCAGCCGGUGGGCAGCGACCCCCGCGCGCUGCAGGAGCUCCUGCGCAGCGCCAGCGGCAGUGUCAUCCUCAAGAUCCUGCCCAGCUACCAGGAGCCCCAUCUGCCCCGCCAGGUAUUUGUUAAAUGCCACUUUGACUAUGAUCCGGCCCGAGAUAGCCUCAUCCCCUGCAAGGAAGCGGGCCUGCGCUUCAACGCUGGGGACUUGCUCCAGAUUGUAAACCAGGACGAUGCUAACUGGUGGCAGGCGUGCCAUGUAGAAGGGGGUAGUGCUGGGCUCAUCCCCAGUCAGCUGCUAGAGGAGAAGCGGAAAGCAUUUGUCAAGAGGGACUUGGAGUUGACACCGACCUCAGGGACCCUAUGUGGCAGCCUUUCAGGAAAGAAAAAGAAGCGAAUGAUGUAUUUGACCACCAAGAAUGCAGAGUUCGACCGCCAUGAGCUACUCAUUUAUGAGGAGGUGGCCCGCAUGCCCCCAUUCCGCCGGAAAACCCUGGUGCUGAUUGGGGCUCAGGGUGUGGGCCGGCGCAGCCUGAAGAACAAGCUCAUCAUGUGGGAUCCAGAUCGUUAUGGCACGACAGUACCCUACACAUCCCGGCGACCCAAGGACUCAGAGCGGGAAGGCCAGGGUUACAGCUUUGUGUCCCGUGGGGAGAUGGAGACCGACAUCCGUGCUGGGCGCUACCUGGAACAUGGCGAAUACGAGGGCAACCUGUAUGGCACACGCAUCGACUCCAUCCGGGGCGUGGUUGCGGCUGGCAAGGUGUGCGUGCUGGAUGUCAACCCGCAGGCGGUGAAGGUGCUGAGAACAGCUGAGUUUGUCCCUUACGUGGUGUUCAUUGAGGCCCCUGACUUUGAGACCCUGAGGGCCAUGAACCGGGCCGCGCUGGAGAGUGGAGUGUCCACCAAGCAGCUCACGGAGGCAGACCUGAGACGGACAGUGGAGGAGAGCAGCCGCAUCCAGAGGGGCUAUGGGCACUACUUUGACCUCAGCCUGGUCAACAGCAACCUGGACAGGACCUUCCGUGAGCUCCAGGCCGCCAUGGAGAAGCUGCGGACGGAGCCCCAGUGGGUGCCUGUCAGCUGGGUGUACUGAGCCUGUUCACCCAGACCUCCACCCUCUGUGGGUUGUGAGCUGCAACCUGAAUCCGUCCCCUUCUCCACCCCCAGCCACGAUCCUUAGCUCCAUCUCUGGUUCUCCCUGGGUAACAGCUCCCAGCAGGCCCUCAGUCUGGCUUCAGCACAGAGGUGUGCACUGUCAGGGAGGUGGGUGUUCAUGGGGUACCUCUGUGCCCAGGUGCUGCCCACUCCCAAUGUCCAUUGGCCACCAGAUGUCCCUCUCUGAGGGCCAAGCUGUGCCCAGGAGUGUGUCACAGUCACCUCCAUAAUGCUUAGUUCAGAGAAGAGAAAAGCUGCUUUGGGACCACAUGGUCAGUAGGUACACUGCCCCCUGCCAGUUCUCUCCAGUCACCUUUUCUUUUCUCCUCUGGACUGGCCGUACCCACGCCAUUCCUGGGCUCCUCCCACCUUGUCACCCCUGCAUCCUAGGAACAGGGCUUGGGUUGUUUCCAUGUGGCCAGGAGAGUGCAUGGCCCACUGGCAGCCAGGAAGGCUGGGCAGUGGUGCCAGCCUGGGCCAUCUUGAAGGCUGGAGGAGCCAGAGUGCCAGCGAGUGGCCACAGCUGGACACUGCAGCUCUCAGCUCCCUCAGAAAGGGGCAGCGUCCCAGGAGCAGACGCUGCCCUGUCUCUCAUCCACAGCUUCUCACUGCCGAAGUCUCUCCACAGACUUCUCCAAUGUGCCCCCGACAGGUCAGCUCUGCUCCCUGCAGGGAGAGGCUGGCAGGGACCAGCGGGCUCAGCCCAGCUAGGCGUGGGUUGGAGGGCGGAGCCCUGUGACAAGGAGCCCACUGCUACUGACUGAAGAGCUCCGAGCUCUCCAUGGCCCAUGGUGAUACAUGUAGGCUCCCUGUUCUUGACCUUUGUUUAUUUUGGUCUUCUCUCUGGCCAGGUCCAGGUGGCCCCCUUUAUCAGGGCCUCCAGGGUUGGAAAGCUGAGGUGGAGUGCAGAGGGGACCUUGUGAGCUGUGGGUCACAGAGCUUGGGUUUGGAGAAGGGCGGUUGUGCUCUAGCAGGCUCCUCGUUACACAACUCCAGGGGUGCCAUUCACAGUGUAGUUUGCACAGCCUGUGGUUCUCAUGCUGUGGCUCGUGGUCUGUGUUUCUGGCCCUGGUGUGUGUGUGUGUGGCUUGGUUUUGGGAGAGGGGAGGCAAAGGGUUGUUUUAGAGGCUGGUCACUAUUUUGGGCCCCUUUUUGGGAGUUCCCUGUCAGCCUCCCUUUCUUAUGAGACCCUUAUCCCAGAUUCCAAGGCCUUGGCCCUCCCCAGAUGUCUUCUUCCACUCUCCUAUUGUCCCCCUACCCUAAAUGUCACCCUCCAGUCCUUGGGGAAGGCAAUUUUGUAAAAUAGGAGAAUCCCUUCUAAGAAAAGAAUGCUGUCCUUGGCUUUCCCAGGCAUCUCAUCCCUCAUCCUUUUCUGUGAUCCUUCCUGAGGUGAGCCUGUCCCCACAGGGGACCACUGGGGACACCUCACCCCCAGCCCCUGUACCUCCCAGUUCUUCUGAGUGUCCAGUCUUCACUGCAGUGUCAGCCAAAGCUGACCCCUGAACCACUGUGUGCCCAUUUCCUAGGGAAGGGGAGGGAGAAUAAACAGAAUAUUUAUUACAAA